UAUACAACUCCUGAGGAUUUCUCCACUUGCUCGAACAUCUGUCAGUGCAUCCUGUCAACGAAAGAAAGAAACGUAUCAAGGAAAUUAGUAAUCCAGAUCAACACUCCAUCAACAACGCUCAUAGGCCGCCCUAUCCCGAAGGCUUGCAGCACUCAAGCAUCAAUUGGUCCCACCUGAAAUACCAAGAAACUGAACCAUGCCAGCACGCGAGAUAUCUGAAUUAAAGGAUUCGGGAACCCCUGUGGUGGCUUUCCUGUUCGGGAAAGUGAUUGGAUGCCACCGCUCAGCUCUGGCUCGCUUAGAGAUAUAGUUCACAACUCGUGAUGGGGAUGGGUAAAAAUAAACAUGGGCUUUGGGGAUGCAUGGAUGGCAGGUUUGAGGCAGAGGGAGGUACUUUUGUAAGUGGGCUUUUUGAGAUUUCCUCGAGGUGUUUUGUACUUCUCGUCUUGUUUAUUUUGUGUUCUACUUCGUUGUACCGACGGUGCUACGAACGACUGCUUUUCGGACGGAAUCCUUUGGGCAAGCGAAGAUAAGGUCGUGUACACGUCUAAUAUAUGGCGACUCAACAACCUCAUUCAGGGCUCGAAGUCGCGCCGGACACAAAGCCAUAUCUCGCGCCACAGUCGCCAGCUCCGACGAGCCAUGUUCAGCCUUAUUAUGGACAGUCUCCUGAAAGUAUGGGAGGGCCACCGGGUGGAUAUGUAGGGAAGGAGAAGACGAUUUGCGGUGUGAGGAGGCCGACGUUUUGGUUGGCGCUGCUGUUGGCGUUCGUUACAAUUGCGAGUGGGAUUGGUGGUGGGCUGGGAGGGAGCCUGGCUGUGAGGAGUAUUAGAAGGAAAUGUUCUUCCUCAAACGUUAACCUUGACACCGGCUCUGGCACCGACUCCUCAGGAUCCAACUCAAAUCCUGACGCCAUCUAUAUAACCCGCACACGAACCAUCACCUCAACUCUCUCUCCAGACUCAACACCCACCGCCACAAGCGACAUCACCGUCCCCACCUCCGGCUUCCUCGCCCUCGACUGCCCGUCCCUGGACGGCAACAACAUCCAAGCAUUCGGCUCAACAUUCAAAGUAGUCUGUGGACAGGACUCUGCAGGCCCAGACAUAAUCUCCAUUGUAGCGUACAGUUUGCUAGACUGCGCGAGAGCAUGUGCGACGUAUAAUGCGAACGGGGUGGCGGCGAGUGGGAAGACGUGCGUGGCGGCGACUUUUAAUAGUUAUUUGGCGUAUGUGAGUGCGCAUCAAGGGACGUGCUGGUUGAAGACCGCGAGUACGAAGGGGAGUGAGCUGGUGGAUGGUUUGACUGGGGUGGAUAAGAAUACUUAUGCGCAAGUGGUGUUGCAGUAA